UUAUGUAAAGUAUUGUAGUGCGCUUCAUUUUUUUCCACGCGAAGGGGUAACGUCGUUUCAGCAGCUAUGGCACCUGAAACGAGCUUGUUCCAUUUGCUGGACUUGUGUAUCGACGCCCCGCAGUUCAGCACAGUGAACUACUCGGCUCUGCACUCGCUGCUGAGCGAAAUCCUGAAACGCGUGGUCCCCGAGGAGAAAGAUGCGGUUGCCAUGAAAAGCGUGUGUCAGGACGAUCUGAAAGACUUCUUUGAGCUGAAGCAGUCCCUAGAUGGCUUGCAGAGUGAGUUCAAGGAACUGCAAGAGCAGCUGUCCCAGUCCGUAGCUCCAAUCCAGGACCAUCUCAAAGACAUCCAUGAGUCACAGGGUAACCUUCAGAGUGAGUUUAACGGGCUGCAGGAGCAGAUGUCCGUGUCUAUGGCUUCAGUGGAGGACCAUCUCAAAGAUAUAUAUGAGCUGAAGGAGUACCGUGAAGCCCUUCAGAGUGAGUUGAAGGGGCUGCAAGAGCAGCUGUCCCAGGACCAUUUCAAAGAUAUCCAGAAUCUGAAGGAGUCCCAGAUUGCCCUUCAGAGUGAGCUGAAGGUGUUGCAAGAGCAGCUGUCCCAGGACCAUCUCAAAGAUGUCCAUGAGCUCAAGGAAUCCCGGGGUGCUCUUCAGAGUGAGCUGAAGGGCCUGCAGGAGCAGCUCUCCCAGUUCAUGGCUCAGAUUCAGGACCAGAAAAAUGAAAUAGUUGAACUAAAGGAAUAUCGUGACGCCCUUCAGAGUGAGGUGAAGGGUCUGAAGGAAAAGUUGUCCCAGAGACGGGAACCAGAGCUGGAGCCGGGGCAGGAGGUCAGCCGGAUUCAGCAAGGGGCCAUCUGCCAUCCCUCUCCUGCAGACCUCAGCAAGAGGGUCGGCCAGCCGGAGGAGCAGCUCCAAGGCGUGAUGAUGGAGGGCAACGGCAGGACAGUAGAGGGCUCGGAGGUGAAGAGCUCGGAUGAUCUGGAGCCAGGUCAUAGGGACGGCAGGUUGCGGCAGGAGGGCACGUUCACUUCAUCUUCUGUGGAAGUCAGCAAGAGGGCUAGCCAGCAGUUCCAACACGAUGAAGAGGAUUUCAUGGCAGAGGGCAUCGGCAGGACAGUGGAAGGCUCAGAAGUGCAGGAGCUACUUAGCGAGCAUCCCGCACAAGCAAGCAUCCUGCAGCUUCAGAAACAGUGUGAGAAGCUCUAUGACACCACCCGCCUGCUAUUGGAAGGCCAAAGCCAGCAACAGAGGCAAAUUGAUCAUAACAACAGCAUGCUCCAAGAGUUGCUGCUCAAGAUUGAUGCACAGGAGCAGGAGUGGCACAAGACCACGGACAAAACCUAUGAUGAAAUAGACAGAAAGAUGAACGAGAAAGAGUUGGAAUUGAUGAAGAAAAAACUGGAGAACUGCUGGGAGGUUGUAUCUAAGGUGGUGCAGGUUCAGCCUGACUCAGAGCUGGAUAACGCCGCUGCCAUCAGGAAGCCACUCCCAUCCCGUUUUCACUGCUUAUCCUGCAACCGUCGUGUUGAUGUGGGCCCUGGACUGAAACCACCAACUUUGCCUGUAGCAUCAAGUCUGCCUUCACACAGACCCUUCCAUCUAAGGAAAGUGGAAGAGGUCCAGCACCAUUCCCAAAGUGAGCAAAUCCUAGACCUGCCAGUGUCCCAAAGUUGUGGAAGCAACCAAACUUCGACCCACCUCAGACAGCGCUACGCUCGCUUGCACCGAGGCAUGAACCACGACAAAGAGAAUGUGGAGAUCCUGGGAAAAGACGGACAUAUAUACAAGGGUUGCAGUAGUAUGAGAGGCAUGGAGCCCAGGCCACCUAACAUCCCCAAAGAAGCAUAUAGCCUAUCCCUGAGAGGACACUGUCCUUAGCAAGUGAGCCGCUUGAAUGAGACCACCGACAUCCAUCCCGUUCUGAGCUGGACGCUGCUCACCAGCUUCUAUAGACUCAGGAUGCAGAGACAGACUACAGGAGGGUGAAUCGACAGUGAUAUCACUGUAGGCAAAGACUGAGUGGAGGGCAUUUAUGUGAUGGAUACAACUCUUUAAUAAAUCAGUUUCAAAACACGAUAGCAUGAAGACUUUGUGUUUUACUGAGGGCAUCG